ACCAUGCCCAGGACAGACAGCCUCUCAGCCAAUGGUCCCAGAGGCAAACAAAAGCCUCUGAAUCUACUGAGCUUAACACGACUGCUCUUACACAAGGCAUGAAUUAUUUGCGUCGGCGCCUCUCAGACAGCACUUUCAUUUCUAAUCUUCCCAAUGGCUACAUCUCGGACCUCCAGAGGCCUGACCCGGCGCAACCACCUCCUCCUCAGGCUCUAUCCGCCAAGUCCCCCACCUCAGCUGGGCCCACAGCGCCAGCCACAUCCCCCGGUCCAGAGAGGAAAACCCAGCCAACGCAAUCCACGGGAACCAGCUUCUUCAGCUCCAUCACCAAUGUAGUGAAGCAGACAGCCGCCUCAGCAGGUUUAGUGGAGCAAACCCAAGUCACGACAUCCAAGAAGUUCAAGAUACUUCUGGUCAUUGAUGAGCCCUCACAGGAGUGGGCCAAGUUACUCCGGGGAAAGAAAGUGUAUGAAGAUUAUGACCUCAAAGUAGAGCAGGCUGAAUUUAAGGAAAUCAAUGUUGUGGCAAAUGCAAACGGGACAUGCACUGUUAACAUGCAGGUACUGAGGAAUGGCACUAAAGUUGUCAGGUCAUUUAAGCCUGACUUUGUCCUCAUACGCCAGCACGCCUUCAGCAUGACCCACAAUGAGGACUUCCGAAACCUGAUUAUUGGCCUGCAGUACGGAGGAGUCCCCAGCAUCAACUCCUUGGAGUCCAUCUAUAAUCUUUGUGACAAGCCAUGGGCGUUUGCCCAACUAAUUAACACUCACAGGAAACUAGGGGCUGAGAAGUUCCCUUUGAUUGAGCAGACGUUUUAUCCAAACUAUAAAGAAAUGGUCAGCAUGCCAACAUUCCCAGUAGUUGUGAAGAUUGGACAUGCUCACUCUGGCAUGGGAAAGGUGAAAGUAGACAAUCACACUAAAUUCCAGGAUAUUGCAAGCGUCGUGGCUUUAACCCAAACGUACACAACUACAGAGCCACUCAUCGACUCCAAGUACGACAUCAGAAUCCAGAAGAUCGGCAACGACUAUAAAGCCUACAUGAGAACCUCUAUAUCUGGAAACUGGAAGACCAAUACAGGGUCAGCUAUGCUUGAACAGGUGGCUAUGACAGACCGGUACAAGCUUUGGGUUGACACCUGCUCAGAGAUUUUUGGGGGGCUGGACAUCUGUGCGGUCAAAGCCAUACACGGAAAAGAUGGCAAAGAUUACAUCACAGAGUUUGUUGGCUCAUCCAUGCCUCUGGUUGGAGAGCACCAGGCUGAAGACAGACAGCUGAUCGCGGACAUGGUGCUGGACAAAAUGAACUCAUUAGCAGAAAAGCAAGCUAACGCGCCACCGAGACCCACCACUAUCCAGCCAUCACAGGGCACUGGUCUGAAAGGAGAGACCACUGGUGAGCCCCUUAAAGAUGGCCACCCUCCUAACAGCUGUCUGCAGUAUAUUCUCGAUUGUAACGGUGUCGCAGUGGGACCAAAACCAGUGCAGGCCAACUGA